AUGGAAGCUAGCGCCACCGCCUGGGAGUUAGACAGCGAUGAAAUCGCAUCCAUCGCUUCUGAAGACUUGAACGCCAACAGACCGAACCGCUGGAAAGGACCCAAAUCGACAUGGCGCACUCACACAGAGGAAGACCGUCAACUAUGGCAAUCGAUGAAGAAAAUUGAAGAUCAGGAUCUCUCAGUGCAUCUGUACAAUGCAUUUGCUCUUAAGCGGCAAGCUCAAAACCCGGAAACGGCUCAGAACUUAGUCGUCAAGACAGAAAAUGGCCAAGAGAAUGUUUGGGUACCGCCUAAGGCAUGGACCGCAUGGCCAUUAAAACACAAGCAUGUGCCCAAAAAGCGUUUAAUUGAUGAAGAACAUGACGAAGAUGAUCGCUUCACCUUUCGCAAGCAGGAAAAGAUCAUGCCGAGCACUGAGCUGGAGGAGGAGAUUUCAGCCACCAUACUGAGAACCGCCAAACGCCGCUUUCGCAGAAGCAAGGCCAAGAUGGCCAAACCAUCUAUUGAAGAGCCUGACGAUGAGGAUGAGGAGAACGAUGAUGACACGUCUGAAUCUGAAUCAAGGGAGUCAUCAGCCAAGCCAGAUACGGACGCGGGGGAGAACGAGAUGGCACUCGACGAAGAUUAUAAACCAAAGCGCAGAAAGGCUCCAAAGACAUACGAACCGGUAGAAUCUGCCAACGACGAGCAUUCAUAUGCUCUUCUACGACCAUCAACUAGACAUAUCCUUUCAAAACUUGAUGAUACACUGGACAUUCUUCGCAAAACUCGUGAAGCGGGCAUGAAUUAUGCAUCCGACUCUUCAACCGAAGAAGAUUCAGAUAACCAGAGUCAAAGCGGACAAAAGAAGCCUCGCGGCCGCCCAAGAAAUAUAUCUGAGGGAGUUUCAUCUGCUUCCGACUCAGCAGCUCCCAAGACAAAAAAUAGCAGACGUGGUCGGCCACGAAAAAUCCAUACCCCCCGAGAUGGAGAAACACACGAAGAGAUGCUCCAGCGUGUCGCCCGCGAAUCUCAUAGGAAGAUUCCCGUUACGAAAGAAGAUAGGGACGCAGCUUUCGAAGAAUGGGUUCGUAAGGGUGAUGAGAUUAUCGAGCGUGAGCGAUCUUUAUCUAUCAAGCGUGCGAGAUCUCAAGGUUCGGAGACAGGAAACGAGUCGGGCACAGAUCGCAAGCGGCUCAGAUUGGGUCUUCGUGACUGGAGCGAUGUACUCGGUGCGGCCGCCCUAGCAGGAUUCUCUGGCGAUGUCAUUGCGAAAGCAACACGACGAUGCGCUGACUUAUUUGGAGAGGGAAUGGUGGUCCGUACCUUGAACGAAAUACCUGCUACAAAGGGUAACGGCACAAGUACAGUCGAAUACCGUCCAGAGCCUAUUCAACUAUCCUAUUCCGAUGAAGAAGCCGAUGAUGAAAGCGAUGAUGCCGCAGACCUUGCACAACGGCGAGUCGCAUCCCGUCAAGCCUCCCUCGCGCAAUCAAGCCGAAGCCCUGAUUCUAUCCGCAGCACCAGCCGACGCUCAACACGCUCACCAGGCCCGCCAUCCGGUGCCAGAUCUCCAAGGUCCCAAUCUAACUCCGUGGGAGGCUUAUCAUUCUGCCCGAUCCCUUCGUGUGAUCGCUCAGUGAGAGGCUUUACUCGUAAGACUAACUUGCGACGACACUUAGAGCUCGUUCACCAGGGACAGGCAGAGGAGCUCGAUAGCGACGAUGAGGUGCUGGGUGGCGUGCAUGUUGACGGCUUCUUGAAGCCCAUCGUACCAGGAAAGGGAUGGAGGGGCGAAGACACCGUGCAAAGAACUAGAAGGAAGGGGGUCUUUAGGGAGAAAUCUGCGACAAGCCGGGAGGCGAGCUAUGCUGAAGACAAUUUGUCCUCAUGA